AUGAGUCUUCUUGAUUUGAAGGUAGAACACCGAGUUCGAAAUAGACAGUCAGCAAUUUUAUGGAAAGAACGACUGAGGAGACUCAAGAGUCUGAAGGAUCCAAGAACUUCUACUCCCAUAACAAAUGCAGCAGAGAGUAUAGGCAUACAGCAGCAACAAAUAAUGGACCUGGAACUUUGGGAAGCUGCAAAGAAUGGAGACGUUGACAACUUCAUAACCUGUUUAGAGAUAUUUUCCAAAUAUAAUGAUGCUCCUCUAUCAACCAUUUUCAGCCAGUUGACUUUUCCUGGCCAAGAUACAUUCCUUCAUGUUGCAGCCGGCUAUGGACACGAAGAUCUCGUUAGUUUCAUUGUUAAUCAUUUCUUUGAACUGGUUACCUGCAGAAACCAUAAAGGCGACUUGGCCUUACAUUUGGCUGCCAGAGCUGGACAUGUCGGUGUAGUUGCAAUGCUUUUACGAGUUGAAGAAGAAAAAGAGGGCAAUGAAACGCAAGCAAAAUUCCCAUGUCUAGCUGUGAAUGAUGAUGGAAACACUGCAUUACAUGAAGCCAUGCUAUAUAAUCAUAAAGAUGUAGCCAAUUGCCUCAUAGAGUCUAAUAUAGAGGCAGCAUAUUAUGUGAAUAAACAAGGCAAGUCGCCAUUAUAUCUGGCUGUUGAAUCUAGUGAGAUUGAGUAUGUCAGCAGCAUAUUGCACGGACAAUCUGAAAACAUGCAUCUACUAGAUGAGCAACUUACCAAGGGAAGAUCCCUUAUGCAUGCAGCAAUAAGGAUACAGAGCAUAGGUAUGCCUCCUAUCCUUAUUCAAUUUUUUCGCAUUUCUAGAAUUGUCAUCUUUGGGCUCAGACUUCUGCAUUAG